GCUUUGUUUCAUUUUCGUGAAAGUUUCAAACUUUUUGCCGGAAAAAAGUCGAAAAUUUGUGAAUUUUGAAAUUAUUUUUUUAACUUUAUAGUUUACAAAUACUAAAUUCUUGGACGUAGUCAUGCCGAAUGAAGUUGAGACUUUAAUGGAAAUGGGAUUCCCAAGAAAUAGAGCAGAAAAGGCCUUAGCAGUCACUGGUAACCAGGGAGUGCAUGUUGCUAUGGACUGGUUGUUUGCCCAUACAGAUGAUCCUGACAUUGAUAAACCCUAUAAGCCUAGUGAGGGCCACACACUAGGAUCUAAAGAUGAUACAAAGGACAGUGAAAGUACAGAAAAAACAGCAGAGGAUUCAGCCAAGGCAGAUCAAGAAGGCUCCRAGAAGGCUGAAACAGCUGCAGAAGGAAUGGAGACAGAAGUAUCUGCUGAUGGUGCUACAUCCCCACAACAGGCUAGAUCUCUUGUGUGUGAGGACUGUGGAAAGAAAAUGAGAAAUGAGAAUGAAGUACAGUUCCAUGCGGCAAAGACUGGUCAUGCCAACUUUGCUGAAUCUGUAGAUGAAAUUAAACCCUUGACUGAAGAAGAAAAGAGACAACGGCUUGAAAAAUUACAACAGAGGAUGGCUGAAAGGCGUGUAGAAAAACAAGAACAAGAGAAAAAGGAAAAGAUAGAAAAAGAAAAAAUGAGACGAAGAACAGGCAAAGAAAUCACUGACAUGAAACACAAAAUGGAACUGGAAGAGGCACGUAAACUUGCUGAACUGAAGAAGAGGGAGAAACAAGAGGAAAAACUAGCAAGACAAAGGGUGAAGGAUCAAAUAGCAAAAGAUAAAGCAGAGCGAUCUCAAAAGUUUGGUAAAAGUAAUCAAGACAGCAGUACUAGUGGCCAGCAGCAGCUGCAACAGCCUAGUACCAGUCCUGCUCAACCCAUACAAACCGAAAAGAAACAAUAUGAUAAGUGUAAAAUACAGUUUCGAUUAACGAAUGGAACAGUAAUCACAGGCUCGUUCCAGGCGACAGACCUCCUAUCCACCGUCCAAGAAUACGUGUCCGCGAACAGGACGGACGGAAGUGCUCCAUUCACCCUUAUGACGUCAUUUCCGCGUAAAACUUUCACGGCAGCUGACAUGAAUACGAGUCUAAAAGACGCCGGCUUGGUCCCGUCAGCUGUGUUAAUAAUCACGAAAUUAUGAGGCGUGCCCGUAAAUAUAAUAAGGUGGUCAGCAAAUUUCCUUGAUUUGAUAGAUGACGUCAUUUCCGGUAUAAUAUUGAGUGAAUCGUAAGGUUUUGUUGGAUCUAACAUGUUUUUUUAGUGAAUAAAUAUGUAAGAAAUUAUCAACAAGA